AUGACACUCGAAGCUACCUCACAGUCACAACCAAAGCCAACAAUCUCACCACAAAUAAUAUCGGUUAGUAAUAAUGUUAUAGAGCUACACGAUAGUAGUAACGAACCGAUUCGCGAAAAUACCGAGGACAUUCAUACUUUGUCUUCGCCAAAAUUUUCUUAUUUACACAAUAAUGCUAUCGUGAACACGACGGAACCAGACAUUCGAAAAGUGGUUUCUCUUCCUAACACUGUUUCGCAUCAUAAACACAAUAAUCAAUCUCAUAAAUACGGAAAUGAUAAUGGCUUGAAAAUACACACGUCUUUAGCGAAGGUCAAUCAAUCAAAACCUAUCAUGCUUUCACAACAGUCAGAAGAUACUCUAUCUGUCGAUAUGUUAGCACUUUAUGAAGAAUUACUUCCAACAGCCGAGAGUAUCCGGCGUAAAGAAAUCUUCACCAAUAAAAUUCAGUUGAUUUUGAAUUCCGAAUUUCCUGAAUACGGAAUUGAAGUGCAUGCGUUUGGAUCUUUCAAAAACGAUCUCGGUAGUUCAGAUUCCGAUGUCGACUUAUGUGUGACCACAGAGUGGAAUGGACUUCAACAAGUCCAAGUAUUGGCGAGACUGUUUCGUAGGCAUGGUAUGAAGCAGGUAUCUUGUAUUCCAAAAGCUAAGGUUCCCAUCGUAAAAUUAUGGGAUCCCGAAUUGCGGAUUGCAUGCGAUGUUAAUGUUAAUAACACAUUGGCGUUACAUAAUACUCGACUCAUCAAGACAUAUGUAAAUAUCGAUCCGAGAGUACGUCCGCUGGCGAUGAUCAUAAAAUAUUGGGCCAAACAGCGUGCAAUUAAUGAUGCAGCAAAAGGUGGUACUAUUUCUACCUACACAUGGACUUUAAUGGUUUUGAAUUUCAUGCAAAUGCGCGCUCAGCCAAUACUGCCAAUUCUACAUCAAAUGGAAACUGGUACAGAACAUAUAUAUGUUGACGGCUGUGAUACUACUUUUUAUGAUGACGUUGAGUCGCUGCGUGGAUUUGGUGAUGCGAAUAAGGAAUCUCUUGGUGGACUUUUAUUCGCGUUCUUCAGGCGGUUUGCAUAUGAGUUCGAUUACAAUAAUCACGUAAUUUCAAUACGCUAUGGCAAAGAUCUAACCAAAGCAGAAAAGGGCUGGGUUUCACGAGGUUGGCUUUUAUGCGUGGAAGAGCCUUUUAACACUGCAAGAAACCUUGGGAAUAGUGCAGAUGAAGUCACAGUCAGAGGACUUAUUGGCGAAUUUCGGCGCGCAUUUAGUAUCUUAUAUAAUAAAGUUAAUUUGGCGUAUUGUUAUAAACAGUAUCGAUUCCCAACUGAUAAUAAUCACAACCAGGUAUCUUCGUCUCGGAACACACUGCAAAAUAAUAAAAACAAGUCAAAUGACAAACAGGACAAUUCUCUUAAUGGACGCGCAAGUGUAAAUAGUAAUAUCGGCCAAAAGAAUAUUCAAUUAAAUAACACUAAACGGAUUAAUGGUUUUAUGGCAAACAAUAAUAAUGGGCGUGAUCACAUCCUAUUUAGUAAUGGACAAGUGAAUAACGAAGAGUUUAACAACAGAUUCAUGAAAGGUAGCCCCAUCAACGGGUGGUAUAAUAAUGGAUACGUGAGCAAGCAAAGAUUUAAAGAACAAAAUAAUGGUCGCAGGUACGAUAAUUAUUAUAAUAAACAAAGUAAUCACCAUUACAAUAAUCAGCAAAGUAAUGGAAAUUACCGUAAUAAUCGAAAUUAUAAGAGUAGUGGAUACAUGCAAACUCAACGCAAUAAUCCACUUGCCGAAAGCAAUCUACAUAUAAAUACGAAUCAUCAUCCUUCUUACAAUCAUGACCAGAAUCACAGACCACCAUUCAGUAAUUCUACAAUUCAAACUGUGGACGAUGAUAAGAUUAGGGGCGAUGCUAUCACUUGUGAUCAUAUUGCGGGAAAUGGUGACUUUUCACGGUUUAGUCCAGAGCGGGAACUUUCAACCAACGUGUUGUUAGAUGAGUAUUUGAAUGGUAAUCACAGUAAUAAUGUCGGUGUUUUUAGUGGAAACAUUUUCAAAGACGAUGUUAUAUCUUAUAUGGACAAUAAUAAUUCGCAAUCCGUUCAAAAACGAGAAGAGUCGAUGCAUGGUGGACAUUUACACCGUAGUCCGAAUAACAACAAUAGUGUGACCAGUGGCAAUGUGAUCAAGGAUGACGCUAUUAUAUAUUGUAGCAUUGCAGAUAAAAACAUUUCACAACUUAACCAUAAUGAGUCUGGCCAAUUUGUGUAUUAUGACUCGAAAUCAUCCUCAUUUGAGCUUCUACAACUUCUACACCGACCAACUCACUGUGAGACUGACCAAUGUAACAAUAGCACCUAUUAUCAGCACGAAUACACGGAGGAGAGUGCGAAAAGUACACAUUUCGAACAAGACAACAAUGCCCUUAUUCACUAUGAAUAUGAAUCGCAACCGUCAGUCCCUAAAUAUGACAACGGUUCUGUCAUCCGAUCUUCUGAUGCGCUCAUCACUGCUUCUGGCGACAAAUCUGGCUGUGAUUCAAAAGAAAAUAAGGUUGUUGUUAAUUUCGUUAUUGAAUCGAUAAACCAAAAUCUACGCGAUGAAACGUGUCUGCAAUCUGCUAAUUCGAGCAUCAAUCAGUCUGAAGAUUCAAAAAGAGUGUCUGCUACUAAGACCCCGUUAUUCUUUGGUUCGAUUUCAGUCGGAAGUAGUUGCACGACUCAACAAAAAUCCAUCAAAGAGAAUAACACUAAUUCUAUAAAGAAUGUGGGUGUUGUUCGCAAAGCUAUACAUGUCGAUAUUCCUUUCAAAUUGGAUCCAAAUAAAGAACAAGAUGGGAAAAUGUCGAACACGACGAAAACUCGGAACCUACAGUCACAUCAAAUAGCAGAAAAGGAUCAUCGAAUCCAAAUAAGGUAUCAAGGAAUAUCGCAACAAAAUUUAAGAUCACGACAAGGGGAGCAACCUAAUAACGUAAAUUCUGGAAAAUGCUUGCCAUAUAAGCGAAUAUUUUCAACUCCCAAAGAAACGCAAGCGCAAAAAAGCUAUAAUAAUAAUAUUCAAUUUCAGAAACACUCUUCGAAUAGUCAACAACUAUCAUCACCGAUCCUAAAGACACCGCAAGUGCAGGAAACAAAUGAAAUAAAAUCCCAAUAUCACUUACGAGAGAAUCCGAAAUCCCUAGAGCGUGGCGAACUAUCUAGAAAGCAGUUACCCAGUAUCACACAAACGCAUCAAGUAACUUAUACUCCGCAGAGCUCGCAAUACAAUGUGUUGGCAUUUAAAGAACGACAAAUUCAACAAUUGCAUCAUAAUUAUUUAGUGUCUUCGCCGUCUCAAGAACGACAAUUUAAGGAGACCGCUCAAUCAAAAAAACGACUGUUAACUGAUCAAACUGCUUUCCCGACUCUUCAAGAAGCAUAUGCGCUACAGUCCAGCACAAUUAAAAGCAAAAGUUCAACUAAAAAAGAACUAGAUCUGCUGAAGGUUGCCCAAUCAAAAGCGAAAAAGGUAGACCUAUCGAAAGGGUUGAUUUCAAGUCUCAAACCGCCACCAAAAAAUUGA